UCGCAGCGGGCGGAGCUUCAGCAGGACAGGUGUAGCUCAAACCUGUAGUGUCGGUGCCUCUGCCUGUGCGUGACAGACGGGACAGGUUUCUGUUUGGCUAAUGCUCGGUUUAUUUUACUUUUCUUUGUUAGCUUAAACACACUUUCAGUCUGUCCGUUUGUUUGUUUACACUUUCUCAGCUGAGUCUUUUUCCAGCUGCUGCAGAGGACUCCUUUUUGCUCUCAAUAUGCAGAUUACCACUUGCACUGAACAAUAUUCAACGCGUAUUAGUUGACAACAGUGGAGAUAUUUUUAUUUGUAUUCAUAUUGUAGGAGAUUUGAAGAGGACGCACCUGUAUUUGUAGCUACCUGCGUUUCCCUGUGGACUCAAUCUGUUUUUUCCACCCGAUCAUGAGUCAGACACCGAGAAUGAAAGCUUAAAAACAGAUUCUAGGAGAAGACAAAAGUUGAUGCUGACCAGCUUUCAUUUCAGGACUAACGAUGGAGCUGAUCGGGCAAAGUGCAAAGUGUGUGGUGCUGCUUUUACUAACAGCUGUGAGUGUGCAGAGUGUGUUUGUGGAGCCCCCUCAGCCCAUCACCUCCCUGCGCUCCAUGGCUGAGAGUCAGACCAGACUUCCUUGUCGCUACCAGGUGCAGGCAGGGGAGAAGGUGGUGCAGGCCACCUGGUACAAGGAGCUCCCAGAUGGCAGCAAGGAGCAGAUCAUCACCGCUCACUUCAGAGACGGACACACAGAGUUUGGGCGUUACUCUGGCCGGGUGAGGUUCGAGGGCGGGAGUCCCACAGAGAACUCGGCUCUACUCAUCCUGAGCACAGAGGAGUCGGACGAGGGCAGCUACGCCUGCCACAUCUCCACCUUUCCCAACGGGAACUUUGAGCGGCACAUCACACUCACCGUCUGGAUUUUACCCAUCUCGUCCCUGGAGCCGGUUGUCCUGGAGGAGGGCCAGUCCUUCCGUUUGGCCGCCUCCUGUCGAGCUGUGGGCCGCCCGCCUCCGCUCCUCUCCUGGGACACUGACCUGCCAGGCCAGUCCUCAAACCGCUCAAACGUGGGCGGGUCAGUGUCCAGCUACUUCUCCCUGCACCCCCUGCGCAGCAUGAACGGGAAGAGGCUAGACUGUUUGGUGUGGCACCCCGGCCUGGAGCAGCCACGCAGGAUCUCAAACAGCCUUGUGGUCCAUUACCCUCCAGAUGCCACCAUCUCCGCUGAUACGGAUGACUGGUUUGCUGGUUUGGAGAAUGCCGAGCUGGUGUGCAGCAGUGGAGGAAACCCCAAGCCUGACAACAUCACCUGGACACGGGGAGGAGGAGCCCUGCCGGAUGGGGCGUCUGUGAUUGGAGGGAGACUUGUGUUUGGGCGGGCACUCCGCUUGAAUGACAGCGGUGUGUAUGAGUGUGUGGUCAGGAACAAAGUGGGAGCAGGGAAAACAGAGUACAAGCUGGCAGUCACAGAGACAUCUCAUCGAACGUCUCCCAUCGACAACCAGCUGCUGAUCAUUAUUGGUGCCGCAGCUGGAGCUCUGGUCAUGGUGCUGGUCAUUGUGGUCCUGCUGGUCAACCGCUACCAUCGACACAGGAACAAGAAGCUGGAGCGGGAGCUUAGUGAAAAAACGGAGGAAAUCAACAGCUUCUCCAGACAAGCUUCCUUCAGGAGACUCAACUCUGUGAGCACAGACUCCCGAGUCCCGCCCGAGGAUUACACCAUGCUCAGGGUGGACAGUCGGAUGAAGAACAGUGAAAUGUCUCUGGAGCAUCCCAUCUACAAAGGCAGCCAGUCCACUCUGGGUGGGAAGUGGGGGCCUGGUGGAGGGGUGGAGGUGGACGAGCUGGGGCGACCCGUCGUCUGGGGCGAUGCUAGGGAGAGUAUAAGAGGAGCAGAGAUGGACGGAGAGAAAGAGGAGCGCAGGAGGAGGGUGGAGUCAUACCUGAAGAACAGCAACAUGUCACUGGACUCAGGUCUGCCCUCUUCCCUGGUUCCCCUGAAGGCCCAGCAAGAAGAAGGCGCCGAGCCCAGAGAGCCAGACCCGGGCCAACCCAGGGAAGGAGACCCCACACCACCUGAAGAAGAGUGGGCUCCUACGCCGUCGGCAGAGGAGGAGCAAGAUAAUGACGACACCGACAGCAGCUCCUACCAGAUCUCAGAGGCCCUCACCAAUCACUUCUACUACAGUAACGGGGUCCUCAGGCCCAAACCACACUCCAACGCCAUCCUGCUGCACCCCAGAGGACAGAUCAUCUAGAGCACUGAGACUCUAAACCUGGAGAGAGAGAGGUGUUUCCACUGCAGGACAUGGACCACAGUGGGAAAUAACUGCUGAGAAGAAGCCACAUUUAGAUUAUUGGGGUGUUUUCUGACCCCUGACCUUUGUGAUGUAAAUAUUCUGUGAUUAUCUGAAAGUUUUUGGAUAAUUUUUAUACUUAAAGUAAAUAACAGACAGUGGAGAACGCAGUAAAGAGAUGCAGUAAGGGGAAGAAGAGAGAGAAAAUAACCCUCACUCUACACGAGAAUAGAGAUGCUGGGACUCAUGGCCUGAUUUUAAGAUCUAGGGAGGAAAAAUCAGAUGCCGACAUCCUCUCAUUUUUGUGCAAGGAUAGAGAAUCCUGUUACAUGUUUACCUACUGAAUCUGGUAUCGUACAGGUGUAUAAAAUCCAUAUUCACAGAGGAGUGUGAAGAAGAACUGCUACUCAGAGUUACUUGUUUACAUUGAAGACAAAUACGUUUUCUAAGAUCUGAUUUGUGGAGGAGUUCAGAGUUAAGUGCACUCAGAUCUUUGAUCAUUUCAGCUCGCUGUGGAUAGAAAGCUGUUGUGUCUAUUUUACAUGUACAAGGAAGAGAGAUUCGGAGCUGCUGUGUGUUUGUGAUCAUGCCUGCAGCUCUGAAAACAGCUGUUACCUAAGGACCUGCACUGAGACACCGACAAAGAGUGCAAACUGUUGUUGUUUCAUGGAUCAACAGAGCUUCACUGAGCAGGUUUAAACCAUGUGAUCAACACAUGCAGAAGAUGAACUGUACAGCACCACUCUGUAUCUAUGUAUGUGUCUCUGUGUACAUACUUUUAUAUCCUUUCAGUGUUUUUUUUAUGAAGCUGGGAAACUGACGUGUACAUUGUGAAGUGUUUAUUCAUAAAAGUGCAGCAUUAAAACAAAGUUUUUAUUUUCACAUGGGGACAUUAAACUUGUUUCAGCUCAAA